AUGGAGAAUACUGCGGAGAAACCAAGCGGCAAUAAGGCCACCAUCGUCAAGAACACGGCUCAGCUCUCCAAGAUCCCACGUCAUAUCAGUUAUCCACUUAAGGAGGAGCAAGAGGAGGAACUACAACAGGCAAAUGCGGAGAACACUGCGGAGAAACCAAGCGGCAACAAGGCCACCAUCGUCAAGAACACGGCUCAGCUCUCCAAGAUCCCACGUCAAAUCAUCACUCAGCAAGCGGAGAACACCACUGCAACUUGGCCUGUCAUCCCCACUGCAUUAAUAUGGUACAUCACUGCAAUAACGUUACAAGAGGAGGAUCUACUGCGACGAUCACAGUCAAUUGGGCCUCUGUAG